CGAUACCAUCGAUGAAAAGUAACAACACUACUUUCAGUCAACUUUAUUAUAAUAUUGACUGACUGAGGUAAAUUGUGUCUAUUAAUUUAAAUCAAUAAUGUCUGGAUUUUUUAAACAAGAUAUGCCACCUCCGGGUGGUUAUCCACCAAUCCAUAUUGAGCGGAUGAAAUCAAAACGAUUUUUAUCAAAUUUCAACCUUUUCUUAUUUGGUGUGGCAGCUUCCAUAUACACCAUCCAUCUUAAACGUAAUAAGUCAAAUUUAAGAACCCUUGGAAAUAUUGAAGUAUCCAAUGCUCUAAUUGCUCUUGAACCAUUUAUCGAGGCUGAACGAGAUAGAAUGUACCUGAAAAACUUGAUUAGAUUGCGAGAUGAAGAAGCCGAAACAAUGAAACGAUUCCCUGAUUGGGUACCAGGAACAUUAUUUGGUUUACCAAGAUACAAGACUUUACCGAAUGAAGUUAACCCAACAGCUGAGAUCAGCGAAUACUGGAUGUUUAGGCCAAUGUAUAACAAACUAGAUUACGUUUACCCUGACAGACAUCUUGUGUAAAUAUUUAAUGUUUUAAUAGAGAUGUAAUUAUUGUUAUGGUUAAUCAUAAUGGUUAAAAUAGCCAUUAAACGCCACUUUUCACCAUUUAGUUAACCAGUCUGGUUACAAAACUACAAAUUUAAUUGCGCGCCAUCUACUGAUUACCUGUUAUUGCAAAGCAUUGUCCAAUAGAUUUUGUCUGCUGUCGAAAUUGCUCCCAUUCAAGGAAAUCAAUAAACUAGGAUAUUUCAAGAAUAUUCCUUAGAAUAAAGAUUGUUUGACAGUUUCAAUCAAAUGCAAUUUCAAGUUUAAUUAUUAAUCUCUUUUCGCCAAUACAUCAGCUUUCACUUUUGUGUUUCAUUUACAAGUAAAUUUCAAAUUCAUUCUAAAAUUUACAAUGGUUGAAUGGCCUAAACACGUGCCCUGUCCAAAGUUUUGGCAGAUAAUAUCUCAUAGACACAAAAAAGAAGCGCUCUUUACCAUUUACAGAAUGGCAAGUUAUGAAGAUUUGUUUAAAUGGAUGGGAACGGUCGAUCCAUUGAGUACAGAGUUUAGAAUGGAAGUGCUCAGGAAUAUUAAAUUUUUCAGGAGAAUUUAUUUAGCAUCUUUAAGAUUUCGUGCAGAUCAUAUAUGGGCUGAAGAAUCGGAAUCUGGAGAACGGAUGGACGAGUUCGAUGAAGAGGUUAUGGCACUGCCUGAUCCAAUUGAAUGGGAUUCUUUAUCUGAAAAUCAACAAAACAUGAUUCUUGGUUACAUUACCACAAUAGAGCCGAACUAUCAAAAAUUACAAGAGGAUCUUAUCAAAGAACAACCAGUGCCCGAUCUUGAAAAGGUCAUGAUGCACGCCAGAUUUGCGAGAUACAUUUACAUUCAAGUGAACAUGAUUAGAGAGAAAAUGGCUAGCGACGAAGAUUUUGCAAAAAUUUACACUUUUUGUUUGAGUGAUUAUUCAAAGGAUGAAAAGCCACCGUUUGGCAUUGUACUCGAUGCUAAGCAUCCACGGGCAAUCGCUCGGCAACGAUGGGAAGAAUAUGUUAUGAAAUGCGAUCCAAAAUGAACUUUAAAACUGAACAAAUAAGUCAAUGUCGACAAUUUUUAAUUGUCGAGUUUUUAGAUCAAAUGAUCAUCUUUAUGAAUUAUUCAUUCACCAUUAAUAAGUAUAAUAAAUAUCUGUACUAAAUUUGCUUUUGA